GGGGGAGCUGUCAGCGUGAGGGCGGGCUCGCGCCUCUCCCGGGUUCGGAGCCGGGCACCUCCGCCGGCUGGGCACGCAGGCUCCGGACCGUGCGAGCUGCGGGCGCUCCCGGGGCGGCCCCUUUUGCAGCCGCACCUGACAUGCAGGCCCCGGUGCCCUAAGCAGUAGCGGCGACCCCCGCCAGAGAGACAGCCCCGGGGCCCUGUGUAGAAGCUCCUUCCCCUUGUCUCUGUGUCCGCCUGCGCCCCCAGACUCUGAGAUUAUCUUGGAAGAUCUAGGACUCGGAGAUGUUUCCCUUGAAGGAUGUCGAAAUGGGUGCCUUUACCUUCUUUGCCUCUGCUCUACCACAUGAUGUUUGUGGAAGCAACGGGCUUCCUCUCACACCAAAUUCCAUCAAAAUUUUAGGGCGCUUUCAAAUCCUUAAGACCAUCAUCCAUCCAAGACUGUGCCAAUAUGUGGAUAUUUCUAGGGGAAAACAUGAGAGACUGGUGGUAGUGGCUGAACACUGUGAACAGAGCCUAGAAGAUUUACUCCGAGAAAGAAAACCUGUGAGCUAUUCAAAGGUUUUGUGCAUAGCAUUUGAGGUACUCCAGGGCUUGCAGUAUAUGAACAAACAUGGGAUAGUACAUCGGGCGCUGUCUCCUCAUAAUAUCCUUUUGGACCGAAAGGGACAUGUUAAAUUGGCUAAAUUUGGACUUUAUCACAUGACAGCUCAUGGUGAUGAUGUUGAUUUUCCAAUUGGGUAUCCAUCAUACUUGGCACCUGAGGUAAUUGCACAAGGAAUUUCCAAAACGACUGAUCAUGUGCCAAAUGAAAAACCAUUGCCUUCUGGCCCCAAAUCAGAUGUAUGGUCUCUAGGAAUCAUUUUAUUUGAGCUCUGUGUGGGAAGAAAAUUAUUUCAGAGCUUGGAUGUUUCUGAAAGACUAAAAUUUUUGCUUACAUUGGACUGCGUGGAUGACACUAUAAUAGUUCUGGCUGAAGAGCAUGGUUGCCUGGACAUUAUAAAGGAGCUUCCUGAAAAUGUGAUAGAUCUUUUGAAGAAAUGUCUGACCUUCCACCCUUCCAAGAGGCCAACCCCAGAUGAAUUAAUGCAGGACAAAGUGUUCAGUGAAGUGUCACCUUUAUACACCCCAUUUACAAAACCUGUCAGUUUGUUUUCAUCUUCUCUGAGAUGUGCUGACUUAACUCUGCCUGAGGAUAUCAGUCAGCUGUGUAAAGAUGUAAACAGUGAUUACCUGGCAGAAAGAUCAAUUGAGGAAGUGUAUUACCUUUGGUGUUUAGCUGGAGGUGACUUGGAGAAAGAGCUUAUCAACAAGGAAAUCAUUCGAUCCAAACCACCUAUCUGCACACUCCCCAAUUUUCUCUUUGAAGAUGGUGAAAGCUUUGGACAAGGUCGAGAUAGAAGCUCACUAUUGGAUGAUACCACUGUGACAUUGUCAUUAUGCCAGCUAAGAAAUAGAUUAAAAGAUGUUGGUGGAGAAGCAUUUUACCCACUGCUUGAAGAUGACCAGUCUAAUUUACCUCAUUCAAACAGCAGUAAUGAGUUGUCUGCUGCUGCCACGUUGCCUUUAAUCAUCCGAGAGAGGGACACAGAGUACCAGCUUAACAGAAUCGUUCUCUUUGACAGGCUGCUAAAGGCUUAUCCAUAUAAAAAAAAUCAAAUCUGGAAAGAAGCAAGAGUUGAUAUUCCUCCACUUAUGAGAGGUUUAACCUGGGCUGCUCUUCUGGGAGUUGAGGGGGCUAUUCAUGCCAAGUAUGACGCAAUUGAUAAAGAUACUCCAAUUCCUACAGAUAGACAAAUUGAAGUGGAUAUUCCUCGUUGUCAUCAGUAUGAUGAACUGUUAUCAUCACCAGAAGGUCAUGCAAAAUUUAGGCGUGUAUUAAAAGCCUGGGUAGUAUCCCAUCCUGAUCUGGUGUAUUGGCAAGGUCUUGACUCACUUUGUGCUCCAUUCCUAUAUUUAAAUUUCAAUAAUGAAGCCUUGGCGUAUGCAUGUAUGUCUGCUUUUAUUCCCAAAUACCUGUAUAACUUCUUCUUGAAAGACAACUCACAUGUAAUACAAGAGUAUUUGACUGUGUUCUCUCAGAUGAUUGCAUUCCAUGAUCCAGAGCUGAGUAAUCAUCUCAAUGAGAUUGGAUUUAUUCCAGAUCUCUACGCCAUCCCUUGGUUUCUCACCAUGUUUACUCAUGUAUUUCCACUGCACAAAAUUUUUCACCUCUGGGAUACCUUGCUACUUGGAAAUUCCUCUUUCCCAUUCUGUAUCGGAGUAGCAAUUCUUCAGCAACUGCGGGACCGGCUUUUGGCCAAUGGCUUUAAUGAGUGCAUUCUUCUCUUCUCUGAUUUACCAGAAAUUGACAUUGAACGUUGUGUACGAGAAUCAAUCAACCUGUUUUGUUGGACUCCUAAAAGUGCUACUUACAGACAGCAUGCUCAACUUCCAAAGCCAACUUCAGAUAACAGUGGAGUCAGAAGUUCAACACCUUAUUUCUCGGAGUGUCCAGAUACUCCAAAAACAGAUCUGUCAAGAGAAUCCAUCCCAUUAAAUGACCUAAAGUCAGAAGUUUCUCCCCGGAUUUCAGCAGAGGACCUGAUUGACUUGUGUGAGCUCACAGUGACAGGCCACUUCAAAACACCCACCAAGAAGACCAAGUCCAGUAAACCGAAGCUCCUGGUGGUUGACAUCCGGAAUAGUGAAGAUUUUAUUCGGGGUCACAUUUCAGGCAGCAUCAACAUUCCAUUCAGCACUGCAUUCACCGCGGAAGGGGAACUUACCCAGGGCCCUCACACCGCUAUGCUCCAAAGCUUCAAAGGAAAGGUCAUUGUCAUCGUGGGGAAUUCUGCCAAGUACACAGCAGAGUUUGCAGCACAUCUUGUGAAGAUGAAAUAUCCAAGAGUCUGUAUUCUAGAUGGUGGCAUUAAUAAGAUCAAGCCAACAGGCCUCCUCACCGUGCCCUCUCCUCAAAUAUGAAGAACCAGGAGGAUGACUGUCAAAAGGACAGAGAGGCAUCAGCUCCCAGCAGCGCAGCUCCUCACAGCCUUACCGCGCAAAGACAGAACUAGGCUUCGGAGUGUUACAUUUCCAUACAGUGUUGUCAUGAGACUUUUUUUUUAAAUCUCAUGACCCAAAUGUUCAACUACCCAGCAACAAACUUGACUGUACAUGUGUUGUUGAAAGAAUUUUCUUAACAGUGAAAUCUGAUCAUGUAUUUUUAGCACAUUGCGACAAUAAGCCAGAAUUCAGCUGACAAGGCAGACGUAGCAUUAUCAAGAAAUCUUACUUGCACUAAAAAAGCUGUCUUCCAUUGCACUGAACAGACAGCCCUAACAAAGGCAUUUAGAAAUAUAGAUUGAAUGUGAGCUGAAAUCAUCGUUCCAUGGUAAUGAAAAGUGAAAGGCUAUUCAUAAUGCAUUCCUUAUAAGUAAAUGCUACAUUUCUAACUCAUUUUUGGCCCAGACAAGUUUGUGUGUGUGUGUGUGUGUGUGUGUGUGUGUGUGUGUGUGUGUGUGUUUAGAGGAAGAAGAAUUUACUCAUUGAAAAAAGUAAUAAUAGUCUUACAGAAAUGUGAAACCAUUCAAAUUAGAUAGAAUAUUUGUUCAGCUUCUGUAGCAGAGAAACCCCAAAUAAGAGUGACUUAAACAAACUAGAACUUUCUUUCCAUCUCACUUUGUCAGUCUAGGGACAGUAUGUUUUUUCAUAAUAACUAAGAACUCAGGUGUCUUAUUGUUUUACCACCACAAACACACUGUUUCCAUCUCAUGGAUCAAUAUGGCUGCUCAGCUCUGACCAUCACAUCUGCAAUUCAGAAGGAAGAAAGGAAGGAAAGAAGUUUGGAGGGGAGAAAGAAGGAAGGAAGAAAAGAUGAAAGAGAAGAGAGAAUAUGCUUCUUCUCUAAGGACAAAAAACAGAAGUUGCACAUAUUACUUCCACUCACAUACCAUUGGCCAGAACUUAAAUAUAUGGCCACACCUAGCUAUAAGGAAAACUAGGAGUAUAGCCUUUGGCUGAGUGGCCAUUUACCCAGCUUAAAAGAAAAAAAAAAAUCUGAUAAAAGGAGAUCACAUAUUGAAGAACAUCUAGCAGCCUCUGCCACAUUAUUCUAAAAAUUACUAUACUUCACUGAAUCAUAAACAUACCACAAUUUUAUGUACCAUGAAGGAAGAAAAAUGCAGUCAAAUAAACUGUGACACAGCAUCCUAUAUAAUAAAAGCCUAAUAUGCACAUUGUCCCCUAGACUGGGAGUUCAACCAGGGGUUGGGGCUGGCUGACCAACUGUGGGAAGGGAAGCCUUGGCUGGUAGCGGCAGCAGGCAGCCAGGUGAAGGGAGGCCCCAGCCAGCAGCCAGCAGCUGCUAGGGACCCUAGCCAUGCAUGAAUUUUGUGCACUGGGCCUCUAGUCAAUUAUAAGAUGCAUCCCCAUUUCAAAAAUGUGAAAAAUAUGCAUCUUAGCAUUAUUGAAAUAGAGUAUAUCUUUGACUAUCUUCAAUUUUAUUUUAACUAAAACAUGUUCUUUCAUCUUUAACUUAUGUUCCUCUGUAGUGUUAGGACUACCUAGGAAGAACAUUUUAAUAAGAGCCUCAAUUCAACUUUCUGGGCUAUGGUUCUUUGUUGCUGUUUGUGUUGAGUUUUUGUAUCUAUUUUUUUUAUUGAGAUAAUUUACAUACCAUAAAAUUCACUUUUUAAAAUGUACAAUUCAGCGUUUUUUCAUAUGUUCACAAAAUUGUGUAAUCAUCAAAUUUCAGAACAUUUUCAUCACCCCAAUAAAGAAACCCUGUAUCUGUUAGCAAUCGUUCCUCCUUAAUCCUUUCCAAGGUCUUUGAUUUAAUUGUAUAUAGAGUGUGAUUGAUUUCUAACUAACUUUAUUCUUGCAUGUGGGUAUCAAGUUGUCCCAUGGGCCAGUACAUUUUGUUUGUUUUUCUCAAUUAAUUAUAGUAAUUCACCAAAUAUGUUUGGAUACAUACUAUGUGCAAGACACUGACAUAACUGAUAAUUAUAUUAUUCUGAGAUACCCUACAUUAUAUACAAAAAAAAUUGUAAGAAUAAACAAGAAAACAAAA